AGCCCAUGGUGAAGAAUGAGCUCCAACCGCAACAACAUGCUGUACCCCAAGGAAGACAAGGAAAACAGAAUCCUGCUCUAUGCGUGUCGAAACUGUGAUUACCAGCAGGAAGCUGACAACAGUUGCAUCUAUGUCAAUAAGAUCACGCAUGAAGUGGACGAGUUGACACAAAUCAUCGCCGACGUUUCCCAGGACCCAACUUUGCCCCGGACAGAGGAUCACCCGUGUCAGAAGUGCGGACACAAAGAAGCGGUGUUCUUCCAGUCUCACAGCGCAAGGGCUGAGGAUGCCAUGAGGCUGUAUUACGUGUGCACCGCCCCCCACUGUGGCCACCGCUGGACUGAAUGAAGGGGCUGUUUGAGAGCUGACAUCACCAGGACCACACAGGCUGUUCCCUGCCGCGCUGGGGUCAUUUCAUCGCUGUAUGUUUGUGAAUAAAAAGGUUCCAUUUUUUUAA